AUGCUAUGCAUUUAAAAUUUUUUUCUUGAUACUUUCCUUUCAACAAUAUUGUGUGUCGAACCUUCAAGGAUAUGCGUUUAUGGUCAUAUUUAAACUCUCGAAAUAUGCUAAAAAUCGAAUAUCUGUAUUAGGGAUGAUGAAAAAUGUGUAAUAAAAACAGGGUUGAAGUAUUUAACAUCCCAAAAGGAUUCUAAAUUAUGCCAAAGUUAUAAACAUGAAGAUUGUAGAAGGUUUUAACAUUGUGGGUUCCACUUAGGUAAAUGUAUUGAUUUAGGGGGCUGUGAGAUGUACAAUAAGGAUGCUUGUGAAGUUGCUUCCUUGUCAGGUGUAACUGAUGGUCAAAGAUAAAUCAAAAUAAGAAACUGUAUAAACUAUUAAAUUAAGGUUGUGUUCGUAAAAUGGAAUCAUGUAGUGAAUAUUUAAAGGAGAGUUAAUGUUAUUCAACAUUAAAUAAUAGGCAAAUAUGUUUUUGGUUAAAUGAAUAAAAGAAGUGAUGUGAUAAUUUUCCUUUUAACACAGAUCAUUAAUGUAAAUCAUAAUGAAAUGAAUGUACAACUAAUGGCAUUCAUUGUAUCAUUAGAAAAGCUUGUAAAAAUGUCAAGACAGAAGCAGGAUGUAUUACUGAUACUUAAGGAAAUAACUGUUAGUAUUAUUAAGGAGAAUGCCAAAAUAAGACAUGUUAUACGGCUUUUAAUUUGUUUAACAAUUAUAAUUAGUGUACUUGCCAAGGUGCUAGUACAAAAUGCACAUAUACUUUUAGAGUGUUGCAAAAUUGAUUCUUAAAUCAAUACAUGUUCAUUAAAUUAAGGUUGCAUCUUUGAAAUAAAGUAAAACUGCUCCUACUACUUAUAAAACCCAUUAAGAAUGUGAAGAAUGGAUGCCAGAGUGCACUGUUUAGUUAUUUUAGUUUGCUUUAACAAAAGCUUUUUUAGGAUGUUUUAAAAAAAAUAUAGAUUGUUAAUUUUAUUACAGCAGACAUGCCUCAUUUUAUAUAAAAAUGCUUCAAUAUACAACUAAAAGUGUUAAUAUGAUAAUUGUUCAAGUGCUGAUAUUAAUUUAUAUAAAACCUUUGAGGAUUGGGCAAAUUUAAAAAUCUUUGGUUAACAAUGCAUAAUUGAUAUCAGAGGAUAAGGAUGCCAAAAUUGGCCUACUAGUUGUAAUGAUAUGA